GUUCAGUGGUAAAGUGACAAGCAAAAAUACGAAAAUGGUUCUUGAAAGUACUAUGAUAUGCUUUGAUAACAGCGAUUACCAACGCAAUGGUGACUAUUUUCCUACACGUCUGAACGUCCAAAAGGAUGGAAUCAAUCUCGUUUGCCUCACUAAACUGAGAUCCAAUCCAGAGAAUAAUGUUGGACUAAUGACGUUGUCGAAUACCGUGGAAGUGCUGGCUACUCUGACAAGCGACGUGGGGCGGAUUUUGUCUAAAAUGCAUCUCAUCCAACCAAAGGGUGAGAUAAACCUUCUGACCGGGAUCCGCAUAGCCCAUUUGGUGUUGAAGCAUCGUCAAGGCAAAAACCAUAAGAUGCGUAUUGUCGUCUUUGUUGGCUCUCCCAUUUGUCACGAAGAAGGAGACCUUGUGAAGCAAGCUAAACGCCUGAAGAAAGAGAAGGUGAAUGUUGACAUUGUUAGCUUCGGCGAUCAUGGCAAUAACAACGAGACGCUGACUGCUUUCAUCAACGCAUUGAACGGCAAAGACGGUACUGGAUCGCACUUGGUUAGUGUUCCUCGCGGAUCGGCCCUGUCUGAAGCUCUGAUGUCGUCGCCCAUUAUUCAGGGAGAAGAUGGAUUGGGUGGUGCCGGCUUGGGAGGAAACGUGUUCGAAUUCGGAGUUGAUCCCAACGAAGACCCGGAACUGGCUCUUGCUUUGCGUGUGUCAAUGGAGGAGCAACGUCAACGUCAGGAAAGUGAGCAACGUCGUGCUAAUGCUGAUAGCACAGCACCAGCUGGUGUCGAAGCUGCUGCUACCGCGGGGCAGCCCAAAGUUGAAAGCGGCGCAGGAAACGCCGAGGCGAAUUCGGAGGAAGCUAUGUUGCAACGGGCCUUGGCACUGUCCACUGAGACCCCUGAAGAUAACUUGCCAGAUUUUGCCAACAUGACCGAAGAAGAACAGAUCGCCUUUGCCAUGCAAAUGUCCAUGCAAGAUGCUCCAGAUGAUAGCGUUACCCAGCAAGCAAAGCGCCCAAAAACUGAUGAAACCAAUGCUCCUAUGGAUGUCGACGAGGACUAUUCGGAGGUAAUUGGCGACCCGGCCUUCUUGCAGAGUGUGCUAGAGAAUCUUCCUGGGGUAGAUCCCCAAUCCGAAGCAGUGCGCGAUGCUGUUGGCUCACUGAACAAAGACAAGGACAAAAAAAAUGAUGAAAAGGAUAACCAAAAGAAAUAAAACACACCAUUUCAUAAGCACAAUUAAAUUUUAUAAGUUUCUUUGCCCAUUAAAAAAAUCAUUCGAAAGCUUGUUAAAUUGAAAAAA